CACAUGAAAAUCUUCAACACCCCCAACAACUCUAUCACUGGCUUCAUCCUCUUGGGCUUCCCUUGUGCCAGGGAGGGUCAGGUCCUCCUCUUUGUGCUCUUCUCUAUUGUCUACCUCCUGACCCUCAUGGGAAAUGGUUCUAUCAUCUGUGCUGUGCGCUGGGAUCAAAGACUCCACACCCCAAUGUACAUCCUGCUCGCCAACUUCUCCUUCCUAGAGAUCUGGUAUGUCACCUCUACUGUCCCCAACAUGUUGGCCAACUUCCUUUCUGAGACCAAGGUUAUCUCUUUCUCUGGGUGCUUUCUGCAGUUCUAUUUCUUCUUCUCCCUGGGUUCUACAGAAUGUUUUUUCUUAGCAGUUAUGGCAUUUGAUCGAUAUCUUGCUAUCUGUCGGCCUCUACACUACCCAACCAUUAUGACUGGACAUCUCUGCACCAAUCUUGUGGCCAGCUGUUGGAUACUUGGUUUCCUUUGGUUCCUAAUUCCUAUCAUCAUCAUUUCUCAGAUGUCCUUCUGUGGAACUAAGAUUAUAGAUCACUUCUUGUGUGACCCAGGUCCUCUGUUAGCCCUCACUUGUACCAGAGACCCUGUAAUAGAGUUGACUAGUUCUACCUUAAGUUCUCUACUUUUAUUUAUUCCCUUUCUCUUCAUCAUGGCAUCGUAUACACUGGUCCUGAGAGCUGUGUUGAAAGUUCCUUCAGCAGCUGGACGAAGAAAAGCUUUCUCUACCUGUGGAUCCCAUCUGGCUGUGGUUUCACUUUUCUAUGGUUCAGUGAUGGUCAUGUAUGUGAGUCCAACAUCAGAGCAUGAAGCUGGAAUGCAGAAGAUUGUGACCCUGUUUUACUCUGUUGUGACUCCACUCAUAAACCCUGUGAUAUACAGUCUGAGAAACAAAGAUAUGAAACAUGCAAUGAAGAAAUUACAUAUGAAAAGCAAGUUGAAAGAGAGUCAGAUCUUUGGUUAUAUUUCAUGUGAAUAA